AUGACAAGUGAUAUAUGCUCAAUUUGUUCAACUGACGACCCUGAUAAAGCCCUAUGGGUUCAAUGCGAGAUAUGCGGCCAAUGGGAUCAUGUAACAUGUGUUCCGCUUGAGUCGCUCACGGAUGAGGAUGGACUAAAAACGGUUAAGUAUCCAACGUCUUCGAGGCAGAUCAAAAGGUACAGUUGCUCGAAACACGAAGAGCCCGUACUGGAGCUUCGUCGACGUGCAGUGACAAAGCGGAAGAUGGAAGAGGCGGACGCGCCAAAGUCAACUCCUAAGCGUCAGGGACUGCGCAGAAAGAAACAAGUUGACUACAUAUCGCUGAAUGAAGGCGAAGCCAAGCGCCUGAAAGAUGAACAUCCCCACGUAGCGCCUUUUCUGGCAUGCUUCAAGCAGUGGGAGAACACAACGAAUGUGAUGAGGAGCUCAGAGUUAGAGCAGCAAUUUGAAGACAUUAAAAACCCUUUAAAAGUGUUGGAUCCAGAGAACUCAGGAAUGCAAGUACCCCUGGGGCCGGAAGGCCGACUUCUGACCGUGGACGGAGUGACGAAGUUUCUCGGCGACGAAUAUCCAGUAGACGUAAUGGAUGUUCAAUCGCAGCAGAAUUCGAAUUGGACCAUGUUGCAAUGGAAUGACUAUUUUACACAUCAAACAUCGGACACUCGAGAUCGCAUCCGGAAUGUUAUUUCUUUGGAGGUGUCAGACGUAGGAAAAUUUAGCAAAGAGUUACGAAGGCCCCAAAUUGUGGAAAGCAAGGACUUAGUAAAUCUAGUUUGGGAUAGGAUUCCCGACGACACGGAGAGACCAAAAGUGACAAAAUACGUUUUGAUGUCUGUUAAAAACGCCUAUACCGAUUUUCACCUUGACUUCGCCGGGACCUCGGUCUACUACAAAGUUGUGUCUGGCGGCAAAAAGUUCAUCUUGUUUCCACCUACUGCACAUAACCUACAUGCCUACACCCAAUGGUGUGCUAGUACUCACCAAAACCUGAUUUUCCUUGGCGACGAACUCGAAAAUGGCAUUGCCAUGGAAUUAAAAGCCGGCGACCUCUUUAUGAUUCCCUGCGGGUAUAUUCAUGCUGUAUACACGCCCGAAGACUCCUUAGUCAUUGGGGGGAACUUUCUAACCCUGCGAGACCUCGAAACCCAACUGCAGAUAGUAGAGAUCGAGCGACGCACAAAAGUUCCCAAGAAAUUCACAUUUCCGCAAUUUGACGUUGUUAUGGGCAAAACCGCAGAGUGGUUGCUCACUUGCGGAGACGAAGAUGCCGCCCGUCUGAGCUCAACACAAUUGGAAGUACUCAUCGACUUUUUGUCAGACGCCAGAGCCAAAUAUAGGCCUGUUAAAUUUUCUACCAAACGAGAUGUUGUAAAAGGACUCAAAACCGAGCUGGAAAAAAAGGCAAAAGAUUCUACAAACCCAUGUUAA